AUGGUCAAGAAAUUGGCACCCGUGGUGGUACUGGAACAAGCAAAAAUUGCUAAACUAGGCUUAGAAAUGAAGCUAUUGACGUCUGAAAUUGAUGCGGAAACUGAAAGAUGGCCGUCAUCUGAAAAUGAUCUCUGUAAAAGAGCUCGGAGUAUGUCUCAAAUGGCCUUUUCAAUGUACCAAUUCACAAGAGGUGAAGGAGAUCUGAAGACAACUCAGGAUUUAUUUACGCAGGCAGAGUUCUUUGCUGAAGAAGCAAAUAAGCUGUACAAAUUUGUCCGUCAAUUUUCGUAUCAGGUUCCUGGUGGAACACAUAAAAAUGAGUUGCUUGAGUUUCUCGAUAAAGUUCCAACAUUUGUGCAGCAGCUUCAAUUUACUGUAAAAAACCCUACGGUUGGAAAAGCAGCUACUUUUACGAAGGUAGAUAAUGUAAUUCAAGAAACUAAGAAUUUAAUGAAUGUUAUCUCAAAAGUUGUUACAACUUGUCUUCUUUGUGCCACAAAGUUUGGAAUUGACUUUCAGAGUUUAAUCAGUCAAGGUCAAAAUUCGUCACCAUAUCAAAGUGAAUUUGAAGAUUAUAUGUUUGAGAAGACAAAUGCAGAUAAUCUAGGCACAAAAGAUUCUGGCCAGAAUUCAUCAAAGCCUAACAUUUGA